AUGGAUUCAUACCCAUCCGAAGACAGGCCGGUGGUCGAUUCGUACAGGCGCCGCUCCCCUGGUCCUGGCGGACGGCCCAGACAGGGACGCGGUCGCUCUCGAUCACCUCAGAACAUCGACCGAUACCAGCCUGACCGAACACGCGACUACGAUUCCCGUCGCGAUGCUCUACACAGACGCCGCUCGUCUCCUCCAGCAGUGCAAGCCGGCAUUGACCGUUACGUACCAGGUCAAGACAGCUUUGCGCCUACAUUCUCUGUCAAUCCUAUGCAAAACCCCAUGGUAAUGGAGUUCCAGGUGGGCUUCAACUAUUUUGCCGAGUGGUGGCGCGUGGAACAGAUCAUAAAGGACGAAAAAGAACGCGCUAAGAACGGAGGCCGAAAGCCAGGCCUCAAAGGCGAGCGCGAGGCUCGCGAAGAGAAGGGAAAGGAACGGGAGCUCAUCCAGGCCGCGUAUGACGAAUACAAAGAGAAACUUCAGGUACAAAUGGCCAAGACUUUUGUCGACAAGCAUAAAGGCGAGGAGUGGUUCAAGGAACGAUAUGAUCCCGACUACCAAACCAACUUUCGAGCCAAGAUCAAACCGUAUCGCCAUGCUAUCUACAUGGAGUGGGAGCGCCAACUGGAUGAGGGCGUUUUCGACGAGUUCACCUUGGAAGGAAUCUACAAAAAUGAAAGCAAUGGUGCAGGUGGUGUUGUGGAGAAAGAAGAAGGCGAAACAACGGCUGCCAAUGAGGUCUUAGGCGUGGGCGAUCUCUUGCCUUGCAAGGGUGGGGAGCUUCGCGAUGAGGCGGCAUUGCAGCCAACUCUGCUGAUCAAAACAAUUGCACCUACGGUCAACCGAGACAAGGUCGAAGAAUUCGCAAAGGAACACUUGGGAGAGGGUCCUGGCGGCUUCAAAUGGUUGAGUCUGAGCGACCCGAACCCGUUGAAGAAGUGUCACCGUAUCGGAUGGGUCAUCCUUCAUCCUGGUGAUGAAGAGCCCAUGAUCGUGGACGAUCGCGGCGACGGACGUGAAGAUGGCGAAGACGGUGCCAUCGACGAAAAGCCGGAUUCAUCAAGCACCCCAUUAAGCACCGCGCAAAAGGCACUCGAAGCAUUGAAUGGCAAGACUGUGAUCGACGAGGAACGUGGUAAUUUCACGUGCCAUGUUGGCAUCCAUGAAUCUCCUUCAGCUCCCCGGAAAAAGGCCUUGUGGGAUCUUUUCUCCGCCCCAGAGAGGAUCGAACGUGACCUACAGUUGGCGGAGCGAUUGGUCGCCAAGAUGGACAAUGAUCUGAAGGAUGGUUACGAGGAGUUCUCGAAUGUCGAUGGUGUGACCAAGGUCGAGCAGCGGGUCGAGGACCUUCGCUCCAAGGGUUGGCUACAGCCCCCAGCCAAUGCUCCCUCAGCGCCCAAAAAGGAAAGAGACCCCGAGGACUUGGAAGAGGGAGAAGACGAAAUGAUGGACGAUGAAGAUGAGGGAGCGCUGGAGGAUGAGGUCGAUGACGAGGAGCUAUUGGCAAAAAAGAAGAAGCUCGAUCUUCUGAUCGAGUACUUGCGAAGAGUGUAUAACUUCUGCUUCUUCUGCGUUUUCGAAAGCGACUCUGUACAUGAGUUGAUCCGAAAGUGUGCGGGAGGCCAUCUUCGCCGGCCGCGCGCAAGUCUGACCACCGCCGCAAAGGCCACGGCUCGCGCCACGGCUGCCGGACUACCCUUCCCCUACAAGAAACAGGAGACAUCUGGAACGGGCGACGGCGAUGCGGAGGAACCAAUCCAAGAAGAGAAGAAGCCCAAACUUUCCGGAAAGAACCAGCAGCAGCUCCAGCGCGCUUUCAACUGGGUCAAGACAUACGAGGACAAGCUCCUCCAACUCCUUGAGCCAGACAGCGUUGAUAUUAAGAAGCUUGGAGGGAAGCCAAUCGAUGAAGCUCUCGAGGACGAGAUGAAGAAAUGGGUGAAGCAAGAGGACGAGUCUAAGUGGCGCUGUAAAGUCCCGGAGUGCACGAAAUUGUUCAAGGGAGAGAACUUCUGGAAGAAACAUGUGGAGAAGCGCCAUACAGACUGGUUUGACAAGAAGCGUAAUGACAUCCUACUGGUGAAUACGUACGUGCUUGACCCUGCACAUAUUGCUCCAUCACGUAGCGAUGCCAAUAGCAAUGGGCAUUUCCCCAUGGGCAAUCAGCACGUUGCUGGCACUCCCCGGGGCUUCAAUCUUGCUAGCAUGCCCUUCAAUGUGGGUGGCAACAAUAUGCCCAACAGCUUCAAUGUACCACCAUAUUUCAACCCUGCGAUUGCUGGUGGAAAUUGGGACCCCAACUUCAGCCAGGACGAUAGGCAUCAGUCGGGACCCAUGCGCCGUGGAGGUGGCCGAUUCAACAGUCGCAGUGGACCGUAUGACAGGAACCAGCGCGACGGACGCAACGGACGCUUCAAUGGAGGCAAUGGGCGUCUGACCCCUCCACGCGGUGGCAGGCCUGGAGGUGGUGCACGUUUCGGCGAUGGUGGACCAGGCCCCGUGCAGUCCACCCAAGGACGGUCGAUCAAGAGUUACGAGGAUCUGGAUGCAGUUGGCAAUGGGGAGAGCAAAGAGCUGGAGUAUUAG